CGACGAUUUUACCCCGCCAUCAUGGCAGUUGCGAGAUAGCAUCACGCGCCUCGCCAAACAAUCCCGCACCCGCACAGCCUCUCCCGUCUGCAGUAAUGGCAGACAAUGAGCAGCCCGAUAUCCCGGCGGAGCCCCAGAGCAGGCACGUAAUAUACUGCGGCGUGUGCACGCUGCCCCCCGAGUACUGUGAAUAUGGCGGCACCGUGAGGAAGUGCCAGGAAUGGCUCGAGAGCCACCACAAGGACAUGUACGAUCGGAUCUGGUCAGCCGAGGCACUCGAAGCCGCCACCGCUUCUCUCUCCGUCGAGGCCCAAAAGCGCGCCGCCAAGGACGCCCAGAAGAAGACGGCCAAGGCCGAGGCCGCCGAAGCCAAACAGGCUGACAAGCUCGCAAAGAGCGUCGUCACCAUCAAGCGCAUCGAGCGCAACAAGAAGAAGUUCGUCACGGCCGUCAUCGGCCUUGAGGCCUUUGGACUGGAGCUCAAGAAGGUUGCAAAGGACCUCGGCAAGAAGUUUGCGACAGGCUCGUCCGUCACCAAGGUCCCCAGCGGCGGAGAGGAGAUUGUCGUCCAGGGCGACGUCAGCGAAGAGGUGGAAGAGUUCCUUCUGGAAAAGUACAAGGAGAUACCCGAGGACAACAUCGAAUUCGUCGACGAUAAGAAGAAGAAGAAGGCGGCGGCAGCGUAGGGGGCGCGGCUCACCGCUUCAAAGGUACCGGAUGUAGUUCACAGCGCAUGAUGUACUCGAUAUGAAAAGGCGUCUAUACCGACAAAUGCCAAUGCCCAGCAAACUCCUGAU